AUGUCUCAACUACCUUAUUCCAAUCCCUACACUGGCAAGCGCUAUACUCCUGGCUAUCACUUCAUGCGCCUUCGCGCUGCAGAGCUACCUGUCUCUGAGCGUAUGCCCGAGCUGCUCCAGACAAUCAGAGACAACCCUGUGACAAUCGUUGUUGGCGAGACUGGCUCGGGAAAGUCGACUCAGAUACCAAAGCGUAUCCUCGAGUCACUGACCGACGUAAUCAGCAGGGAUAUCUGUCUUACGCAACCUCGCCGGGUAGCAGCAGAAUCUGUUGCCGAGCGCAUCGCGAAAGAAAUGAAGGUGCCGCUAGGUAGUGUCGUCGGACUUAGGCACCGAGACCAUGACACGACGAGCAAUCGGACACAUCUCGAGGUUCACAGUGAUGGUACAACUCUCGCAUUGGCAAAGGUUGAUCCUACGAUGAGCAGCUUCGGCGUUGUCAUUAUUGACGAAGCACAUGAACACUCUCGCGACGCCGAUAUACUGCUCGGCCAUCUCAAAAGCCUUCUGGAAGAACGAGACAAUCUGAAAGUGAUUGUCAUGUCCGCCACCAUUGACACCGCUCUCUUCACCAGUUUCUUUCCACAAGCAGUCGUUGAGGAAGUCAGCGGUCGCCAGCACAAAGUCACGGUCAAAUAUCUUGAACAGCCGCCAUCAGAUCUCAUCUCAGAGAUCGUCAAGACCAUCAUCCAUGUCCACUCUAGAGAAAUGCCAGGCGAUAUCCUAGUUUUCGUUUCUGGAAAAGGCGAGAUCAACAAGGUCAUCGAUGGCGUUAACCGUUGCGUACAGAAAGAGAUGGGCCCACUCGAUAUUUAUUCUCUGCAUGGCAGUCACUUGAUGCGCGACCAAAACAUCGCGAUCAAUGAUGACCAACCUCCUCCUCGACUCGACAACUUGGGGCGUAAGGUCAUUGUCUCUACAAACAGUGCCGAAACAUCACUCACGAUUGCCGGUGUCACCCACAUCAUCGACAGCUUGGCAUCACGUGUAAGACCCGACAGCAUGGUACAUGCAGAUGAAUGCAAUAGCGGCGUUCCGUAG